CUGCCCAGAGCUUGAGCUUCAGGGCUCAGGACACCGUGGGUCAGAUCUGCAGAGCAUUUGACAGACGCUCCUGAUCUCCAGAGGACCCCGGGCUGGGACAGGGGCCUUGGCGAGGCUGCAGCUGCUGUGGCAGUAGCUUGGGAUGGAGGUCUUUCUUGCUGGGAACUGAGGAGCUGAGAGGCUCCUGUCAGGCUCCUGUCCUAAACUCUUGGCACUUGCGGUGGCUUGGGCUUCACACACUGUCAGACACCUUCUUGGUGGCCUCCUCGGCCUCAGGUUUGAAGCUGGCUCCACAAGGGACACGGUGACAUGAGGGGCAACCCACUGAUCCAUCUUCUGGCCAUUUCCUUCCUCUGCAUUCUCUCAAUGGUGUAUGCCCAGCUGUGCCCAGCACCCUGUGCCUGUCCUUGGACACCACCCCAGUGCCCACCGGGGGUACCCCUGGUGCUGGAUGGCUGUGGCUGCUGUCGAGUGUGUGCACGGAGGCUGGGGGAGUCCUGCGACCACCUGCAUGUCUGCGACCCCAGCCAGGGCCUGGUUUGUCAGCCUGGGGCAGGCCCCAGUGGCCGUGGUGCUGUGUGCCUCUUCGAAGAGGAUGACGGGAGCUGUGAGGUGAAUGGCCGCAGGUACCUGGAUGGGGAGACCUUUAAACCCAAUUGCAGGGUUUUGUGCCGCUGUGAUGACGGUGGUUUCACCUGCCUGCCGCUGUGCAGUGAGGAUGUGCGGCUGCCCAGCUGGGACUGCCCACGCCCCAGGAGAAUACAGGUGCCAGGAAGGUGCUGCCCCGAGUGGGUGUGUGACCAGGCAGUGAUGCAGCCGGCAAUCCAGCCCUCCUCAGCCCAAGGACACCAACUUUCUGCCCUUGUCACUCCUGCAUCUGCCGAUGGCCCCUGUCCAAACUGGAGCACAGCCUGGGGCCCCUGCUCAACCACCUGUGGGUUGGGCAUAGCCACCCGAGUAUCCAACCAGAACCGAUUCUGCCAACUGGAGAUCCAGCGUCGCCUGUGUCUGUCCAGACCCUGCCUGGCAUCCAGGAGCCACGGCUCAUGGAACAGUGCCUUCUAGAGCCAUUGCGGGGAUGUGGAUACAGGGCCUGCCAUUCUCAGCAAAUGUCCCUAGGACCAGGCCCUGGACUGAUGGUAGAUGCCCCUCUCCAUGCUCUUGGCUGCAGUUAACUGUCCUGGGUGGAUUCAGUGUCCAGAGCCUCUGAGCGAUCCCUGCUCUGUCUGAGGUGGGGGAAGCAGGUGACCAGCUCCAUUUCUCUGGAUUCUGACCCAGGCUUCUGGGUUCUCCUGGCUAGUUCCUCAAAACUUCCCUGUAUGAAAAGGACAACCAAAAGGACCUUUAAAGCUAAGCUGUACUGGGCAAGCCUGGCCACCAUGCUGGGGAUAGUGACAGUAAUAGGUACCAGGCAGCAGAUUGCCUGAAACAUCCAGGUCCCUUCUUGGACUUCUAUGUGCUUGUCCCAAAGAUUAUGGGUGACCUUGUAAGUGUGCCUUUCCUGAUCUGAGAACACCCUGCCCGGCUGGGAAGAAUUUUCUGGGAACAUGAAGAGAUGGAAUCACACUAUUCUUAAGAGCGUUUGCCAAGUCCAGGAACUUGACCUUUGUAUUUGUAAAAAUACACAUCUCUUAAAUGCUCACAAAGCAAGAGGCUCCACACUUCUGGCAGGCCAGGGCCUUUCUCUUCAGCAUGAGAGAGACAAGGAACAGUAGAGUACCCUCCUCUGGAGGACUGGCCCGGUCUGGAAUAAACACCCAAAUCAAGUGUGGAA